CAGUUCUCCGGCCUCUUCCGGGAACCAAGGUAGUGGCGGGAAGAGCGGUGCCGAGCCCGCGUCUGGCCUCGCGAAGUGGUAGCCCUUGGAGUGAGCCAGAAUGGAGAAGCCAUCCGAGGAGCCAGUCACCGAGCCGGCGGAUUCAGGAGGGGAAGGCGGGCCGCCCCAGGUCGCCGGCGCCGAGGCGGCGCGUCCCGAGGACCGCACGACCCUGCUGCUCAGGCUGAGAGCACAAACGAAACAACAGCUUUUGGAAUAUAAAUCAAUGAUCGAUGCAAAUGAAGAAAAAACUCCAGAACAAAUCAUGCAAGAAAAGCAGAUUGAAGCUAAAAUUGAAGACCUGGAAAAUGAAAUUGAAGAGGUGAAAAUUGCUUUUGAAAUGAAAAAGUUUACAUUAGACAGGAUGCAACUUUCAACUGCACUUAAAAAAUAUCUGGAGAAAAUUAACAUCAAGAAUAAUGUGCUCAUGGAUAACAUGGAACAUGUAUUAAAGCUAAAUAAAUUAGUAAUGAAAUCACAGCAGGAAUCUUGGGAUUUGGAGGAAAAGCUGCUUGAUAUUAGAAAGAAGAGAUUUCAAUUAAAACAAGCUUCAGAAAGUAAGCUUUUAGAAAUACAGACUGAAAAGAACAAACAGAAAGAUGAGCUGGACAGUAUGGAAAAUUCAGACAAGAUAAAGACCAUACAAGAAAAUCUACAGGUGGAGAUACAGAUUACUACAGUUAUUCAACAUGUGUUCCAGAACCUCAUUUUGGGAAGUAAAGCCAACUGGGCAGAGGAUUCUGCCCUUAAGGAAACUGUUCUUCAGCUUGAGAAGAAUCUCACCAUGAUCUAAAAAGAAUUCUAUCUUGGCAUUUUUUGUUUCUGUCUUUGAUGUGUCAUUUAAAUAGCAAAAUUUCAAGUGAAAUGUUUUUCCUGUGUUUUUGGAACUAUUUAAUACUGCAAUUUUUUUUUUUAAGCUUGAGUUAACACUGUAACAUGGAAUCUGUUAUUUUAAAUAUGAUAAUUAAAGCGACUGUCAUACUGUAAAAGAAUCUUAAAAUCUUAGCCUUGGAAAGAUCCUGAAGGACAUCUAGUCCAACUUUUCACUUACAUGUG